CGGGGCCCGAGACUCAGGUGGCACGGGGAGGCAGGCAGCGAGUGUGAGUUGGACAGUGGCAGGCGGGAGUGGCCCCAACGCUUAGCUCUCCACGAUCGAUAUUUACCUUGGCAGUACCAGUCGUCAGCGGGUGUGAGGAGGGCAGCAGCAAGACACGGCCCUGGACGAGUGUGUGACGCGAUACUGAGCUAAGCGCUGACCUGCUGCUGGGAAAAGAGAGCGAGCGAACGAACGAGCGAGCUAGAACACCCCUAAGAAAUAGAAACACGAGCGAGGCCAAACAAACUGGAGAUUCUGAGGAAGAGGAAGAGUAAGAGGUCGAGAAGGCCACCGCCUCAAGCCCGCAUGAAUGGUAGCGCAUGAAGUUGAACGCGGCGAGUCGCGAACAUGGGCGGUGAAGGGCGGGCGUGAGGUGAGCUCCCAUGCGCCCCUGUUCCCCGUACCCGGUGUGCAUGUCAAUGAGGGACUCACGCUACCGGGCGGCGUCCACCAGAGGAACCUGUGAUUCAAGGUGUUGAUCAGAGUGCCUAGAGCGGGCGGCGGCGGGGGUGGAGGCGGUGGCGGUGGCGGCGGUGGUGUUGUUGGCGGUGGCUCUCCCCUGACCGUGUUGGUAACCUCAAGUGACACGUGUUUGACCCCCGAUGACCUGGAAGAGGACUCCCCGCUGGCGCCAUGUAGAGCAGGCGACCUAGCCAUGUUGUCCUCGCCCGCCGUGAUCGAAGUGCCGGUGGAAGCCACUGCGUUCCUGGGGGCCGUCGCCGCCUUCGUGGUGUUCCUCUUCGUCCUCUUCCUGUACCUCAACAAAAAACUCUGCUUCUACACCGUCGGCAACUUCCCUUGCUGCGACGAUCCGGUCACCAAGCCAGACAAGCUCAAGGAACUAGGCGCGGCGUACAACUAUGGCGAGGGCGAGAGUUCCAGCGACAGUGAGGAGGAGGCGUCAAAAAGGCUCUCCUCCUCCAAGAGCUUCCCAUCGGGCCUGCGCGACAAUCACCACCCUCACGCCAGCCACAACUCCAACUAUCAUGCCUACAAUCACUGCGGUCACCACAACUACCACCAGUUUGGCCCCUCGCGUUCCCCUUCCCAGUACUCGGCUCCAGAAGAUGGGGUCGCGUCGCAUGGUCGGGGCGACACCUUCACGGGGUGUGAUGCUAAUGCUGACCUCAUCUCCCUCGCUGAGAAAGGCCGGGCGGGUGUCUCUGGUGAGGAGGAGCCUGUGGGAGUGGGUGUGUCCUCCUCCUCUGCCUCCUCCUCUGGUUCCACCACCAGCGGAGACGACGAUCUUCUAACCCACCGGGCACUGCGACACAGGGACCCCAGAGCAUACAGGCAGAUGUCCCCCGGUCGCUCCCCCUACGACGGCACUUACCAUCAGGAGAGUCGGGAGGAUGGCACGGUGGGCGAGGCACUCUUGGUGAGGUGCGGCACCAUUGAGGCAGGCUUUGCUUAUGACCUCCCUACCAGGACCCUCACUGUGCACAUCCUGCAGGCCAAGGAAGUCCCCAGCAAAGAGAGAGGAGGAGCAGCAAACACACAGGUUCGAGUGUUGCUCCUCCCCGCCAGGAAGCAGAAACACAAGACACGCAUCAGGCCGGGGGAGACUCCACAGUUCAAUGAGGCAUUUGUGUUCACCAAAAUUAAUCCAGAGGAGGUGCAGCAGCUUGGAGUUCGGCUGCGGCUGUAUGGAUGCGAACGAAUGCGACGAGAGAAGAUGCUAGGGGAGGUGAUUGUUCCUUUUGCAUCAAUCAAUCUCACCCUGGGGAACACCUUCUGGCUCACCCUGGAACCACGGGCAAACCUGGCUGUGAGUCCCCAUCGAUCAGAGAGCCGGACAGAAGUGUGCAGCCUGACCCGCAGUGACUCCACCGGCUCCACCCACUCAGUGCAUAGUGGAGUGCCAGAGCUGCUCCUUGGCCUCACCUACAACGGCACCACAGGCAGGCUGGCAGUGGAGGUCAUCAAGGGGUCGCACUUCAGGAACAGUGAUGAUUUCAGGAACUCUGCCAACACUCGUGCACCUGACACGUAUGUCAAGCUGGUCCUCAUGUCCUCCAGUGGGCAGGAGAUAGCACACAGCAAGACCUCAGUGCGGCGAGGCCAACCCAAUCCUCUCUUCAAGGAAACGUUCAUGUUUCAGGUUGCGUUGUUCCAGCUGCCUGAUGUGACAUUGAUGGCCUCAGUGUACACCAAAAGGAGCAUGAAGAGGAAGGACAUGAUAGGCUGGUUUGCUCUUGGGUUGAACAGUUCUGGGGAGGAAGAACUUACCCAUUGGAACCAAAUGAGGGAUUCUAGAGGGGAGCAGGUGUGUCGCUGGCAUAUCCUUCUUGAGUCAUAGGUGGCAAGUGAUACGCUGUUUUGUUUUUCCAGAGGUUUGGUAUACGUAAUUUACUUGACCAAGGGGGGGGAACAGUGAAGUUGUUUUGACGCUACUUUUUGGCUGCCAUUUUUUGUGCUGCCCACAGAGGGGAGUCAAUUGCACUCCUUCCUGGGAUCUGGCUUUACUGCCUUGAGUCUCUUCUUGAGUUGUGGUUGUUUGGCCUCUGUGUGUCAGUGGUUCUUGGCUUCUUGAGGUUUUUCUAAAGGCCUGCACUCCUCCCUGGUGUUCAGCUGCACCAUUUUGAAUCUCUCCUUUCAUUGGUUUGGUCUGAGAUUGUAGCUGGUUUUUGGCAUCUUUGUGAGAUUCAGGUUGGUGGUGAACAGGCUGUGGGACUGCAGGCACUGUCUCUGUGUUGCUGUGUCUGGGAUCUUGUAGUUCUGCUCAAUUUCACAUCAUGUGGAACCUUGAUGUGGAGGGGAAAGUUCAAGCUCAUAAUGAAACAUUGCAGAAAUAUGAGAAAUAAAAAAAAAAAAAAAAAAAAAA